GUGUUAAAGUUGUAGAAACUCAAGAGAAUGAACUACUUAUUGAGCCUAGACUUCGAUGGGCUGGUAAUUGCAAUGUCAACGUGGCUCUAAAACUGUUUUCCCUUAAAUUCAAUGCACAGUUGUUGGAUUUACAAAUAUUCUUGGCACCUCGUAUUACUCUAAAGCCACUUGUUCCAAGUUUCCCAUGUUUUUCAAGCAUAAGUGUUUCUUUGGUGGAAAAGCCUUAUCUUGACUUUGGACUCAAACUACUUGGGGCAGACAUCAUGGCCAUUCCUGUAUUAUAUCGCUUUGUUCAGGACAAAAUUGCUUCCGAAAUUUCAAAACUCUACCAUUGGCCUAAAGAUUUGGAGAUAAAAAUUCUGGAUAAUGCUAGCGGUGCCACGAAGAAACCUGUUGGAAUACUACAUGUGAAGGUCGUGCGUGCGCUAAACCUCUUGAAAAUGGAUAUCCUCGGUAAAUCUGAUCCUUACGUGAAACUAAGUUUGAGUGGUGAAAGACUGCCAUCCAAGAAAACUUCGGUGAAGAUGAGCAAUCUUAACCCUGAAUGGAAUGAGACUUUCAAGCUUAUUGUGAAGGAUCCUCGAACCCAAGUUCUUCAGCUACAUUUGUUUGACUGGGAAAAG